AAUUCAGUCAAAAGGUGGCGCACCUACCUGGGAACCGCGACGUCAGGAACCUCGUCUGCGCGAGAGGAUAUAUGCGUCCGUCGGCCGUGCACCGCACGCACACGCGCUGCUGACUCCAACGCCGCCGCCGUCGUCGUCGUCGUCAUCGUCGGCGGCGUCGUGUGCGCAGGUGCGCGGAGAGUGUCGUCGCACGCUGUCGUCGCACGCACGCACGUACUCAGCACGUGAGAGUGUGUCGGCUGCAGUGACGUAGUGUCGCACGCACGCACGCGCGCACGUACGCACGCAGCCAGCGCGUGAGUGUGUCGGCUGCAGCGACGCAUCGUGUGUGACGCACCUAUAGCUGCCGGUAGCGCAGCUGGACACGGCAAGCAUGGGCAAAAUAUUCAGCAGCCGCAACAAGGAGAACAUCCGCAGAAACUACUCGGGAAGAAACGGGAGUUACCUAUGCGAUGAUUCUUCGAUCACGGCAGUGACGAGCGAAUUUGAGGUGGAGGGAUUCCAGAAGCUGACACCUGCGCAUUGUUGUUCCGUUAACUGCAUCGCUGGCGUUAAGCCUGGAUUGUGUCUGUCAGGUGGCGUUGACAAGUCUGUUAUAGUGUACGACUAUCUUAACGGGAGCGUCAAGCAGAAAUGGAGUGGACACGAGAAACCUGUAACAGCGGUGUGCUAUGCGGAGAGGCAGCACUUUGUCAUGAGCGGCUCGCGUGACAAGACGAUUCACCUGUGGAAAUGUAACGAGCCGUCUCCCGUCACCACUUUCGAGGGACACGAGCUAGUCGUAACGAGCAUCUCUCUCGAUCCAAGUAAUUCCUUUCUGUGCAGUGGCUCGCGUGACAACUCAGUACGGAUAUGGGACCUUGAGACCGGAUCCUGCUUAGCCAAUGCUAAUAUUUCUCGAAAUCUAGUGACCAGUGUCUGCUGGGCUCCAGACGACAGUGUAAUUGCUCAAACAAGUGAGGACAAAGAACUAAGGCUGUGGGAUCCGAGGUCAUUCAACGUUGUUCACGUGUUCCCAAAGAAGCAGAACAUUCUCAGCUGCUGUGCGGUGAGCGAGGACGGACUUCACUGCCUGUCCGGCAGCAGCGGCUGCAACAGCACGGGGUCCGAGCUGACACUGUGGGACCUGCGGCAGCGGAAGCCCCUGUGUGAGUUCAGAGGUCACGAGCAGGGCGUCAGCGGCUGCGUGUUCCUGCCCCUCAACCACGGCGGCCAGCAGAUGGUGGCGUCCUGCGGUGCCGACUCGACCGUGCGCGUCUGGAACGUGGAGUCCAAAGAUUGCGUAGGUUUGUUCAUGCUGGAAGGCCGUGGACCUGUCACCGGCAUAGCUGCCUAUCCGGAUUACAGCAUCCUGGCAUCGACAUUCAACCAAGGAAUUCACCUCUUGUCGUUGGACUACACUAACCCACACUACCCACAGCUCAAGCGAAAACUGCAAUUCUAGAUCUUGGCUUAAAGUUGACAUGCCGCUACGUUUAUCAUGUCACUGGUCACUCGGGACGGUCUUCUCGUAGGCACGAGGUAAUACUGAUAUAUGAACAUUAUUAUUCGACUUGAAAAAAAAAGUCAAAACGAGCGAAUUUCGUGUUAAUAUGUCACUGUAAUAAAAAUCGACGUUGUGAGAGAUGGUCAGGUGCAGGUAUCUUGGUUUACGAUGUCGUUAUGGUGAUGCUGACACUGCUGUUGUUGGUAAUGGAGAUUAACUGAUGUUUGAUAUAUGUUGAUUCGGUUAUAUGAAGAAGCUGUGAUGCACGCACGUACAUUUAUGGCCAUCAGUAUAACGUCAUGACAACCGAUUGCAUGCUACGCAGCCAAAAUAACGAAUAGUAAAAACGUUUCUUCUGAGUAAAUUAAUAACUACUAUUGUAAAAACCUACAGUGUCAGGGUACUUUAUUUCUUUGGUGGAAAAAAAGUUUUCCGGGGGAAGUUAUAAUAUCUAAGUCAUUGCAUAGCUGCAGACACAAUUAUGCGAUGAUAUUUAGUAGUUAGUUUUGAAUCGGACUGAUGUGCAAUUAAAGCAUUGAUAUUUUUAUAGUCCA